CUGGGCUGCGUGCGCGGACGCGGCGAUGGGGUCGCCCCGGGUUUGAUGGUUUGACAGGUGCCCGACUGCCAGGCAGCUCCUUCCCCAAAAAAGCAUGUUCGCCAAAAGCAAAGGUUCGGCGGUGCCCUCGGACGGGCAAGCUCGAGAAAAGUUGGCUCUGUACGUGUACGAAUAUCUGCUUCAUGUCGGGGCACAGAAAUCCGCACAGACCUUCCUCUCAGAGAUACGAUGGGAGAAAAAUAUCACAUUAGGAGAACCUCCUGGGUUUUUACACUCCUGGUGGUGUGUAUUUUGGGACCUUUACUGUGCAGCUCCAGAAAGGCGAGACACGUGUGAACAUUCAAGUGAAGCGAAAGCCUUCCAUGAUUAUAGUGCAGCUGCAGCGCCAAGUCCUGUACUUGGAAACAUUCCUCCAAAUGAUGGGAUGCCAGGAGGCCCCAUUCCUCCAGGCUUCUUUCAGGGACCCCCAGGUUCUCAGCCCUCGCCACAUACACAGCCGCCUCCUCACAAUCCUAACAACAUGAUGGGACCCCACAAUCAGCCUUUUAUGUCACCGCGAUACGCAGGAGGUCCAAGGCCCCCUAUCAGAAUGGGAAGCCAGCCCCCAGGUGGUGUUCCAGGUGCACAGCCAUUGCUACCCAACACAUUGGAUCCCACGCGACAACAAGGGCACCCUGGUAUGGGUGGACCAAUGCAGAGAAUGAAUCCUCCCCCACGAGGAAUGGGCCCAAUGGGACAGCAGUCUGAUCCUUGGUUAUCAUUGCAGAACUAUGGCGGUUCAAUGAGACCUCCACCCAAUUCAAUAGGUCCAGGCAUGGCUGGGAUGAACAUGGGUCCAGGAGCUGGGCGACCAUGGCCUAAUCCUUCCAAUGCUAAUUCAAUUCCAUACUCCUCCUCAUCUCCUGGUACAUAUGGGGGGCCCCCUGGUGGUGGAGGUCCUCCAGGGACACCGAUAAUGCCAAGUCCAGCAGAUUCAACGAAUUCCAGUGACAACAUGUACACAAUGAUUAAUCCAGUGCCACCUGGAGGAAGCCGAUCAAAUUUCCCACUAGGGCCUGGUUCUGAAGGUCCAAUGGGUGGAAUGGGAGGAAUUGAGCCACAUCACAUGAAUGGAUCAUUAGGAUCAGGAGAUAUGGACGGUAUUCCUAAGAAUUCUCCCAACAACAUGAGCAGCAUUACUAAUCCUCCAGGCACUCCAAGGGAUGACGGUGAAUUAGGAGGCAAUUUUCUCCACUCCUUCCAAAAUGAUAAUGACCAGAAUGAUGAAACGGCUGCCCUCUGGAAGAUUAAAGAACGUAUGCAAGAAGCAGUUCAACGUGUUGACGAGGAACUGGGGGCAAAACCCCAAUUUUGAGUUUCACGCAAUAAAAAGGCUGAACUUCUUUUAUUCCAUAAACAUGAAGGACAAAAAAAAAUUCAAGACAUAAAAACCCUUCUCCUGGAAGGACUGUACGUUACACAUCGCAUCUUUUUGAAGCAAAGAAAAAAAAAUGUAAACGCCUCUAGCACCCGAACAGACCUCCUCUGCUUCAUCCUUUGAACCCGUGUAUUUUUGUGCUGAACUGAAUAAGGCGCUAGUCUAGGUAUAAGAUCCGAUGUUGUCCAUAUUGUAGCCAUUUUAUCUGGGACGUUUACACAAUGUGGUUUACUUUCGAAGACCUUUUUUUUUGGUGGCACAGAUUUUUUUUUCUUGCUUCUGUGAGCCCUCCUCUCCAGUUGCAAGGUGUUAAUCAGUGGCUUGUUCCAUACCUGUGUAGCUGAACGAUGAUUUGUGCAGUGGGUUGCAGAUUGAGAGGAUCGUAUAUCUUUUCCCCAACUCCCGCUAUUCUUCCUUCCCCGCGCCCACACGUACAUUCACACCUCGAAUCUGGAUUGGUUCAAUCCUCUUAACCUUUAUCGAUCCAGAGGAAAACUUUGUACGCAAGAAAGAGACAACUGCAGACACGUGAUUGAGAGGAUAAUAAACAGUUUUAGUGGCACUACAAUCGUGCUGGGAUCUCUGUACAGUUACACUACCUGUAGAUGGUCUUUUGUUUAAACCCACUUCUAUACAAUGUGUAUCAAGUUAUGUAAAAUAUUAUCUUGCCUGGACAACCCUUGUGCUGAUUCUUGAUAACAUUGUAGCUGUUCUGUGUUUCUUACCUUGUAGUCUGGUUAUAAAAAAGAAAAAAAAUUCUA